AUGGGGACAGAUGCGAUGCUACAAUUGACCAUGUUAUUGCUAACCCUAGCCUUGUUCUUCGGCAUGCUCAAUUUCCCUAAAAAAGCCCUCACCAAACUCCGAUCCAGGGGCCGAACCACCGCCCUCUCUAACCGCCACUUCGUCCAGGGCGCCCAGCUCUUAGCCCGAGCCCGAUCCGCCCGCAACCGCACCACCUCCAUCAACCUCGCCAAGGACGCGGUCUUCGAAGCCGACAAAGCCCUUUCUCUCGAUCCCAAGGACGCCGCCUCUCUCAUCCUCAAGGCCCUGGCCCUCGAUCUGAUGGGCCACAAGUCCUCCGCCCUCAGAUCUCUCGACGCCGCCCUCUCUCCGCCGGCCGUCAAGUCUCUGUCGGAGAGGGAGAAAGGAGACGCGCUCUUCAAGAGGGCGGAGCUGCACGUGGCGGUGAACAAGCGGAGGAGACUUGACUCGGCCGUGGAGGAUUUGGUGGCGGCGGUCAGGCUCAGCUCCGAUAACGCCAAGGCGUACUGUUUGUUGGGACAGUGUUAUGAGAUGAAGGGUAUGAGUGAUGAGGCCAGGAAGGCCUUCGAUCAGGCCCUCAGGGUCGACCCUGGCUCGCCCGCGGCUCGUCAAGGUUUGGACCGUUUGGCACAUCCGCCAAGUGGUUGA